AGAUAAUAGAAAGAACACAAAGCACAGAAGGUUCACAGAGAGCGUCUUCAGUGUUCGGUGCGUCGCAAGGUAGCGGCGGUGACGGAGACCAAUCUGAACAAUUUCCGAUUACUGCAUUGGUCAGAGGACAAGGGUUUUGUUCUACUUAACUUGCUGACUUGAUGGCGUCAAAGUUGCAGCAGUUGCAGUCCAAAGCAUGUCAAGCGUCCCAAUUUGUAUCCAAACAUGGAGGUGUUUACUACAAGCAGUUGUUGGAGCAGAACAAGCAAUACAUUCAGGAGCCUCCUACAGUAGAGAAAUGCAACUUACUGGCAAAGCAAUUGUUUUACACUCGUCUUGCUAGUAUUCCAGGUCGAUGUGAGUCCUUCUGGAAGGAACUUGAUUAUGCCAAGCAUUUAUGGAAGAACAGGAAAGAAUUAAAGGUUGAAGAUGUAGGUAUUGGUGCUUUGUUUGGCCUGGAGUGCUUUGCAUGGUUUUGCGCCGGUGAAAUUGUUGGAAGGGGUUUUACUUUCACUGGUUACUAUGUCUGACUAUAAACCACUUGAACGUGUAGAUUUUAGCAGGGCUAUAUACUUCUAAAGCCAGCUGCUCUCUGGUCAUUUAUACAUUUUGUGGAUUAUGGCAUUCUGCAAGGCAAUUUGUGGUCUGAUUUUUUUUUUUUCCAUUUUGGGAUAAAGGUUGAGAAACUAGCGGUUAGCUUUGAUAAGCUUCAAUAACCCCUUGUAUUUGAGGCGGGCGUGGACCUUGCGUUGUUCUCUUAUCAUGUUGGAAAGCUAGUGAUGAUACUCGACAAUGAUGAUGCAGGACCCUGCAAUUUUUGAAUAUUUUUUUUCAUAAAUGUUUUUUUUUUAAUUAUAUUGCUGUUUAUAGCUUUGCAUAAAAUAUUAAAAUUAGAAUAAAAUUGAAGGCGUUUUUUGGACAGGAAGUGGUAUUUGCUCUGCAUGAUUUUCUCUAAGGAACUUGGUCGGUGCUAUAAUAAUCUGGUGAUGAGAUACAAAAGGAUUAAAGCUGAGCUACUUCAUUAGAGUGGUUAAAACGCUGUUUCUAAUUUUCUCUGUUCAGGAUAUUACAAACCAAUCCAAUAGAUUGUUUAUCCAAGGGUGUCUACCAUUAUGGCUAGAAAUGACAGAAUGUCUAAUUUCAGAAGUACAGAUACUACACCGCUAUGAAACUAGAAAAAAUAAGGGCCUGGUUGGAUACUUCUAAAUGGAUGUUUGAAAGAAUUGUCGGGGAAGGGUAAGAUAACUAAUCGCAUUAUAAAAUACUCAAAAUCUCGAGCAGUCAAGUUCAAUUUAGUUUUCUUGGGUCGUUUGUAGUUUGUAUUAUGAACUCUUCUUGACUUUUGUAUUUGUACCCAAAACAUUAAAAUCACGUGUCUUUGUGAAUGUCUUUGAAGAUCAUGAAAAGAUGGUGAUGCCCGAGCAAAUAUCGGUUUCCUUAAAGAAGUAUCAAGAUCAAAAUGCACUAACGUCGGCAUACAAAAAGACUACCAUGGAAUUGAUGAAGCAUUCUUGGCCUGAAAGAUUCAUAUUCAAUAAAAAACUUGUAUACAUCCCUUGUUAUGCUUUGGAUAUUAAUAUAAACUAUUUAAGGACAACGGGAUAGCCCAAAAUUAUUCAGUAUUGAGAGUUUAGUUUCCAUAGUUUAGUUUCUCAUUAACAUCCUUGAAAUUCAGGUAUGCUUUCCUUUUCAACCUUCUUUUGUAUAUGCUACCACAGCAUUCACUAGCCAGUAAACCAACUAUGCCCGCAUUCUAGUUUCUUAUUCCCAUAAUGUUUUUCAUGCGUAACUUUAUUACUAGGGACUGAUAUCUAUGUUUAUUCCCACAGCUUGAAAUUUUAGUAUUGAAUACCAAGUGUAAUCAUAACAUGUAGGACUAUUUGCUUCUUGUGUUUUUAUGAUUUGGGGAAUUUAUAAGGUGUGUAUGCUGCUAAGGAAAUGGACAAUAUAUCAAAGCCAGCAGUUUUUCCCAAUCCAGUUAUAUUGCAAAGUGAGGGGUUACUGAAGGUAUAAUCAAACAUUUCGUGGUAUUUUCAUAUAGUACGUACUAUAAUGUUUAGAUUCUUCAGAUUUAUUUAUCCUACUUAACCCAACGAGGCAACAAAUAUUUGGCAGUAUAUACUGGAGACCAGCGUUUACCCACGAGAAGCAGAGACCCUCAAAGAUCUAAGGAAUGAAACUGCAAAACAUCCUCUGUAAUUUUUCUUUGUACUGUCUUUCUACUUCUAAACCCAAAAAUCAUGAACAUUUCACAACAAAUUUUGAUGUCCAUCAAACGCAAAAUAUUACGUGUAUACAUGUUGAAGGGUCAUCUUUAAUAAAUUCCAACUUACUGUUAUCCCAUAGAAAUUAUCUUGUACACACUAGUGCAUAAUAUUUAGGUAUUGUAUGCCAGUCAAGAGUAUAUAUCACUCCAAAAUAUUUGAGUGACAUUGUAGUACAUGUAUGGACCGUAAGUAUACAAGAUCAAAUUUCCAAACAAACAAUAGUAAGGCAUUGUUACUUCAUUCUUUUUUAUUGAAUUUGACUUCUAAAAAUGACAUUAGAAAAAUUUUCUUCUAUGCAAUAUUAUUAAUUUUCAUUAUUCAGGGGCUUCAUGAGCGCUGCACCUGAUGCGGGUCAACUAAUGGCCUUACUCCUGAAGCUUCUAAACGCUAAAAAGACAAUUGAAGUGGGAGUUUUUACUGGGUAUUCUCUUCUCCUCAC